GCAUCCCGGGAAUUCACCUCUCAGCAUCCUGACUCGCUGGGAACUCGGCUCCUCAAUAACCUGGUGCUCCAGCUCUCCAGGAACUCACACCUGCAGCAUCCCAGAUUCCCGCACCCCAGCUCGGCAGCAGCUCCGCACCCCAGCUACCACAGCACCCGGGCUUCCUGGCCCCUCAGGACCACGACCAUGGCGUUCAUGGUGAAGAGCAUGGUGGGGGGACAGCUGAAGAACCUGACGGGUGGCCUGGGUGGCGAGGAGAAGAGCGAGGGUGAGAAGUCUCCGGCCGAGGCGCAGGGCAUGACCCGUGAGGAGUAUGAAGAGUAUCAGCGGCAGCUGGUGGAGGAGAAGAUGGAGAGAGAUGCCCAGUUUGCCCAGCGCAAGGCGGAGAGGGCCACGGUCAGGUCCCACUUCCGAGACAAGUACAGACUCCCCAAGAACGAAACAGACGACAACCAGAUCCAGCUGGUGGGAGGUGAUGUGGAGCUGCCCAAGGAGCUGGCCAAGAUGAUCGAGCAGGACAACGAGGAGGAAGAAGAGAAGAACUCAGUGAUCGGCCAGCUCAGCAACAUCCAGAACCUGGACCUUGAUUCCUUGAAAGACAAAGCUUCAGCCACGCUAGAGGACCUGAAGCAAUCGGCCGAGAAAUGCGCCGUGAUGUGAGCCGGCAGAACCCCCCCUGCCGUCAGCGUGACGGGGGGAGAGCAGGGAGGGGAUGCAGCCAAGGGGCUGGCGGUGGCUGUUGCCUGCAGCGGGGACCCCACUGAUGUUGUCACCCUUGCCUCGUCUGAGUCGGGUCCUCCUUCUGAGCCGCGUGAAGCCUCAAGUCCCUGACCCAGAUGUCCCUGAUGUGUGGUUUUUGUUUUGUUCUCCGGGGUAAGGUUAGAGCAGAGAGCCGGCAGGAGCCCCCCCGCCCCCCCCCCCCCUUUCCCCCUCACCAUACCACAACGUCUCCUCCUGUGCCCGGGGCAGUGGGUGUCUUUAGCAAGAGCUGGAGGGGAGUGGGUUGCAGGGAAGGAAAGCCCUGGGUGACCUUGGAGUGCUCUUGAACCGUGUCAGCAUGAGAAGGCAACAGCCAUACACCAUGUCUCUGCCUCCUGAGAGCGCCAGGGAGGCUCCAGUUUGCUUUGCAAGGACGAGGCACGGCACGAAAUGCACCACCC